ACGAGUAAGACCCCAAACAGACGAAGUCCCUUUCACUACUCAGCUCGUCUUUAUUCCUAACCUAUCAGCCAAGUCAGAACUCAAGUAAAACUUAAUAGAUUCAAUAACGUAGGCAAUCCUCAUACCCCACCAUCCCUCAUUUUCCAAGAGUUAGCAGCGGCAAAUAAAAAAAAGGGGGGAAAAGCCCAAUAACCAUGGGAAAAGGCCUGAUCCGGCUGGCCGUGGCGGUGGCUGUGGUCGGCCUUCUAAUUGGCGGGAGCAGGCGCUACGGUCUGGACGCUGAACCGGCCAUGGCCGCGUUUCGAGAUCUCAGAGAUCGGCUAGGGUUUUGGGCGACCCCGAUCUAUGUUCUUGCUCACACUAUAACCCUAGCCCUUUGCUUGCCUUCCGCUGUCUUCUUCGAGGCUGGCGCUUCUCUGCUCUUCGGAUUCUUGCCGGCCGUUCUCUGUGUUUUCUCUGCUAAGAUUCUUGGGGCUUCUCUCUCCUUUUGGAUCGGACGUGCAGUUUUCCGUAGUUCAAAGUCAGCAAUGGAUUGGGCCCGAAGUAGCAAGUACUUUCAUCUCCUUGUGAGGGGAGUAGAGAGAGAUGGCUGGAAAUUUGUUCUUCUUGCUCGAUUCUCCCCAAUUCCCUCUUACGUCAUCAACUAUGCGAUGGCUGCCACAGAAGUUAGCUUCUUGAUCGAUUUCCUUCUUCCUACAGUCAUCGGUUCCCUUCCCAUGAUUCUACAGAAUACAUCUCUAGGUAGCCUAGCCGGUGCUGCAGUUGCUUCUUCUACUGGCCCAGAGAAGUCCAAGCUCUCUUCAUACGUAUUUCCUUUGCUUGGAAUUGGGUCAAGUAUUAUGAUAUCAUUAAGAAUCAAGAAGUACUCCUCUGGGAUUGCAGUUGCUGAAGAGCUCAAGUCAUCUUCAUCUUCUGAGAUAAUUAAUGGUGGUCAAGUAGAUGGGAAAUUGAAGAAAAGUGAUUAAAAAUUUAGCUUUAGUUGAUAAACUUGUUUAUUUGGUAACAAUUGAAUUUAUUGUACGAAGUGCAAUGCUGGGAAAUUUUCUCAUGACAAAAAACGUGCAAUCUACUGACUUGUUUUUGCUUAAGCUGUGUACCUCCUGAAAUGAAUCUGAUAUUUAUCCAUUUACCGUUAUGCCCUUAUCCUAC